AUGCUUAGGGAGCCUGUGUUCCUCGAAAACUCUCCACACGAACCAGCACCCGAAAUGGACAUGAACCGAGUACUGAUGGCAGCUCAGUGCGCCACCACCGCUCACACCCGUGCUGAUGCCCAGUCCACGACAAUGUUCGAUCUCCCCACCGAACUGACCAGCCAGAUUACAGCCCAGGUGGACUACCACGACGCAACGUCCUUCCGCUUAACAUGCAGGUCCGCCCGUGACCUGAUUCCCUUCAAGAAGGACCUGGCCGUCAAGCGCGCAACCCUCAGGGCAUGCCUCCUCGCCGCCGAGAGGGCCGAAAGCCAACGGCGUGUGGAAGCCUGGCAGAACGCGCACAACUGGGCGGCGUUCUUCCCCCGGUCUGCUGGCCCGGGAGGCCCAAAUGAGGGCGUGACCAACCUGCACAAUAACCGGAUCACGCCCGUGGAGCAUCUCAACUGUUACGCCUGCCUGCGCACGCUCCCGCGCGGUAAGUUCCACGUUGGCCAGACAAAGGGCCUUCGGAGCCUCGGGCACAAGGAACACGCCAAGCGGUUCUGCGUCGAUUGUGGCUGGGGAAAGGGAAUCUGGACGCGAGGCAGCGCUGCUGGACGCGGAGCCCAAUGCGUGGUCGUUUGUCGGUUCUGCGGUGGCCUGAAUCGGGAGGCCGACCCCCUCUGCCGGAGGGAGCGCGUCUGUUCCAUGACGUGUUGGUCACAGGGGCUGUCUUUCCCGGGCGGGGAUGUCGCUGCUCUCGAGCAGAAGGCAGAAGUCGAGGACGAGCAGCAGCAGCCGCAGCAGGACUGGAAGGUGCCUGUGUCGUCGUCGCCAAGCGGGACCGGGACUCUCUCCCGACGUGCCAAGUGCAUGCGGUGCUGGGCCAAUGACCACACCGAGACGCUCACGUCGAGUGAGCGCUCAGGCCUUUGUAUGGCUUGCCAGGCUGGACUUGGGCUAGCGGAGAUAACGCCCGACGAAGUGGAAAGAGACGUGGUGUGA